ACUCGGAAAAUCUAAAUGAUGAUGGAACGUUGAUUAGUGAAGUAGUCGAGGAUUAUAAUAAGGGAUUCGCAAAUAAUAUUUUCAAUUCGGUUAAACAUCUCAAAACUUCACCAUUAGAAUGGAAUAGGGAACUAUACUUUGAAGAUUUUAUUUCUGUAAUUUGUUCAAAUGAACCUGGUUACAAGAAAACAAAUAAAACCCAAAUCAUGUCGCUUAUUUUCAAAUGGUUACUUGGACUUGAUAAAGUAUUGAAUCCAAUACUUUUACAAAUUUUUUGGUGGAAUAAUUCGAGUAGCGUUCUUGUGAAAUUUCAAUUAGCACAAAUGUGUUCGAAAGUUAGUGCUAUGAAUGAUCCAAAAGAUCACCAUUUUGAAAAACUCCUUGUAUAUGAAAUAGCAGAACAAAAAUUAUUUGAGCUUGAAUCGACAGACAUUAAUCAACUACCAGAAUGGCAACAUGAAGUUAACAAGAUAAUCUCACUUUGUACAAAACUCCCAGAAGCUUCUGAUAUAGAAUCUUUCCAUCUCUUACAAAUAUUCAGUGAUUUAAUAUCCACCGAAUCAAUUCCAUUAGAUGGUAUUAAAAGAAUUAUAAAAGCGGCAUAUCCAGAGGGAGCGCAAGAAAUUUUUACUAGCAAAUUUAUCAAGACAGUAUUCCAAAUUCUUAAUGAAGUUAAAGAUUAUGUUCCAAGGAAAUUAUUUAUAAUUAAAU